AUGGCCCAGGUAGGCAUUGGAGAUAUCAUUACUGGAGUCAAAUUCGUCUGGACGAUUUAUGAAAGCGUCUGGGAUGGCCCUAGCAGUGCAGCAGGAGACUUUAACUCUUUUUGUCAGGAGUUUCGCUCUAUCAAACUACUACUGGAAAGGAUACAGCGGGUAAAGGAGUCUAAAUCAACAGAUGUCCCUGAUCUAGGAGCGUUUUACAACGAAACGAUCCAAGAAUGCGCCAAGUUGGUCAAUAAGCAUAAGUUGCUUGCACAAGAUAAGCCAUCAACAGGUAACAGCCGUCGUGGUAGUAUAGGCAAAAAGGUCUCUGUCUGGUUUGAGAAGGUUACCUGGCCCUUAGAACGAAGUGAAGCCGAACGGCUGCGGCACAAACUUGAGCGCUGUCUGAAAGUGGCAACACUAAAGUCUACGGAAGAAACACGCGAUGCGACUUUGGGGUUAAUUCGGACAGCGGAGAAUAACCAGUUAGAGAACCUGGAGAUGUUGAAGUCUAUUAAGACAAUGACAGCACAGAUCUCAUUACUCCUGCGACGAUGCAUUAUCGAUGGCCCAAUAGACACCGAAGCCUAUGAUACGCACUACCCAAGCCAGCGUGGCCACCGGUUGAGACCAGCCGGUCUUAAGCCAGAAAACAUACUUAGUGGAAUCCCAGAGGAUGGGGAGAUGGCCUCCGUUGACAGUCAAGGGUACCAAAAGGUUCUAGAUCGCAUUCGUGAGAUCUCCGAGCGAUUGGGAAACCUUACUCGGCGACUUGAUACACAUAGCAAUCAUGGCCAAACUGUGGACCCGCCUCGUUCUAUCAGCCGCAAGUAUAUGUUAAAUCCAGACGGGACCGGUGCGGAAACGCCGACCGUUGAUGCAAUGGUUCGCUUCCUUCAUCAAGUCAGCGAUGAUGUGCGUGAUGCUCUGGAGACGGUUGGCUAUGGUCAUGAGCUUGUCCCGAAGUAUGACGCUUCUCACAGACAUCAGGCCCUCGUUAAGACUGGUCAGUCGAUCAAUGACACCGCAGAGGAAUGGGAGCAGUUCCGACAUUGGCUCGACUUCCAGCUUGUACACGCUUUCAAUACAAAUUCUAUCGAUAUGAAGCCGCUCCACCCAUCCCAACCAUUGCUAUUAGACCUCACUCCGCCGCCUGAAUGCCUCUCUCCAUCGAUCUCCAUUACCCGUACACGCUCGGUAGAGUCUGAUCUUUCAAUUGGUUCUCCACAGUCAACUAUCUCCAUACCGAUACCCGAUAGGAAGGUUCCGCUUACAAACCAUCCUGUUCAAGUGGAGUUCCCGGACCCGAAUAUUCCCAACCGUGCGCUGUUUCGCACAUUGAUAUGUACGGCUGUGGCUUGUUUAAACAUCCAAACACAUGAACCAGAGGCGAUCGAAGCAGUCGAUAUCUACGGUGGAGUUAAAGUCACCCAGGCGGUCAUCCGCGGGUCCACCACCGUCAAGAGCUCUAUGCUCCCAUACAUACCGAGUAGCCGAGUCCCUCCGUCGUCUUCUGCGUCCUGCUCUAUUUGGUUCCAGGGUUCGCAUAAGGUGAAGAUUGAAGAACAACAGUCUGUGAUAAGAUACAGUAUCUCGCCUAUUUAUAAAUGCCGCGACCGUAGUGGAAAAUCUCCGUUGGGUCGGAUUAUUACUCCAAUUCAGAGGAGACAGAACGUCUCGCCGAGCAAGGUUUGUCGAUAUGCCAGGUGA